GAUCGGUGUAGAAUGUCGUUCGAAUACGUUAACAUCGCAGAUCCCCAGUGGCUCACAACUCGCUUCGAAUCGGGCCAAGAUGACUAUAUUCUUGUGAAACCGAAAGAAUACUCCAAAGUUCCUAUCGAUAUUCCGAACUGGGUACCCAAUGCUUGUUGUACCACAACUUUAUUCCAACGCCAUGGAACUGAACUGUUGAAUUUUGAAGUAAAAAACGAUGACGUGUGGAUCGCGUCGUAUCCGAAAAGUGGAACAACCUGGGUUCAGGAAAUGGUUUGGUUGAUUUGCAAUGAUCUAGAUUUUGACAAAGCUCGCGCAACAGUUAUCCGCGAUCGUUCACCCUUUCUCGAAGUCAGCACAAUUUUUGACAUUGAAGAAGAGACAAGCUCCUUUGCGUACACCAGCGAAACACCUAGCCCACGAUUUAUCAAAACUCAUCUGCCAGUUGCCCUGCUGCCGCCAAAAAUUUGGACUGUAAAACCUAAAAUCGUUUACAUUAGACGCAAUCCAAAAUCGGUUGCUGUUUCCUACUACCACCACUCCAAAACGAGCCACUUCAGGGGCACCCUGGAAACAUUUGUGCAUUUGUUUAUGAAAAAUAUUCAGCUUUACUCACCAUACCAUCAGCACGUCAUUGAAUAUCACCAAUUGAAGGAAUAUGGUAAUAUGUUAUACCUCAGUUUCGAGGACAUGAAGCGAAACCUGAAGGAAUCGGUCUUGCGGACUUGCAAAUUUUUUGGACGUACUUAUUCGGACAGUAAAAUUGAUGCUCUUUGUCGGCAUUUAUCUUUCGAAUCGAUGACUGCGAAUCUAGCAGUGAACUACGAAGAUGUGUUUCCGGACGAAAAAUUCAUACGUGAAGGCGCCAUUGACGGGUGGAAGAAGGAGUUGAGCCCCGAGCUGAUCGUCGAGAUGGAUCACUGGACUGAGAGUACGGUUGACCAAAAAUAUCAACAUUUGUUUAAAAUCUGACCUGGCCUCAUUCGGAAAUAAUG